AUGAAAAGCAAAUUCCCAAAGGUUUCUGAGAUUGCUGAGAUCCGAUGCAAGAUGACUGCUCCCACCCACCGGCCCACCCACCCACUAAUAAGACAUUAUGCCAUCCUAUUUUUGGUAACAAUUAAAGGGCUCCCGGUGCAAGCAGAAAGCUGUUUAUUUUCUGUUACAUCACUUCGCUUUGCCUUCGAAGGCUGGUCUGUGCUCAGUGUUUUCGUGGUGAUGCAAGUCCGCUCUCUCCUCGAGCAGUUGGAUCCCUCCCAUCUCGCAGCACCUCACAGGUCUCUUCCCCGAGCAGUGCAUCGCUGGAGCAAGGAGCAGCUCACGAAUCAGCUGCAGGUCCCUGUUUUGAAAAGCAGAGAGACAGAGGCAGAGGAAAAGGGUGGACUCUUAUGUGACCUGGUCUUAAAGCAAGACAAUCACCAUCUGAAUUCCAGAAGCCCUGUUCAUGUUUGGGGAUAUUUUUUCGACUGCAUGGAAUCAGAGAGAAGCCAAAGGAUGGGAAAUGCCUGCAUCCCCCUGAAAAGAAUUGCUUAUUGCCUAUGUCUCUUAUCUGCGCUUUUGCUGACUGAGGGGAAGAAACCAGCGAAGCCAAAAUGCCCUGCCGUGUGUACUUGUACCAAAGAUAAUGCUUUAUGUGAGAAUGCCAGAUCCAUUCCACGCACCGUUCCUCCUGACGUUAUCUCAUUAUCCUUUGUGAGAUCUGGUUUUACUGAAAUCUCAGAAGGGAGUUUUUUAUUCACACCAUCGCUGCAGCUCUUGUUAUUCACAUCGAACUCAUUUGAUGUGAUCAGUGAUGAUGCUUUUAUUGGUCUCCCACAUCUAGAGUAUUUAUUCAUAGAAAACAACAACAUCAAGUCCAUUUCAAGACAUACUUUCCGGGGACUAAAGUCUUUAAUUCACCUGAGCCUUGCAAACAACAACCUCCAGACUCUCCCAAAAGACAUUUUCAAAGGCCUGGAUUCUUUAACAAAUGUGGACCUGAGAGGUAAUUCAUUUAAUUGUGACUGUAAACUGAAGUGGCUGGUGGAAUGGCUAGGCCACACCAAUGCAACUGUUGAAGACAUCUACUGUGAAGGCCCUCCAGAAUACAAGAAGCGCAAAAUCAAUAGUCUCUCCUCCAAGGAUUUUGAUUGCAUCAUUACAGAGUUUGCAAAGUCUCAAGACCUGCCUUUUCAAUCACUGUCCAUAGACACUUUUUCUUACAUGAACGAUGAGUAUGUAGUCAUCGCUCAGCCUUUCACUGGAAAGUGCAUUUUCCUUGAAUGGGACCAUGUAGAAAAGACCUUCCGGAAUUAUGACAACAUUACAGGCACGUCCACUGUAGUGUGCAAGCCUAUAGUCAUUGAAACUCAGCUCUAUGUUAUUGUGGCCCAGCUGUUCGGCGGCUCUCACAUCUAUAAGAGAGACAGUUUUGCAAAUAAAUUCAUAAAAAUCCAGGAUAUUGAAAUUCUCAAAAUCCGAAAACCCAAUGACAUUGAAACAUUCAAGAUUGAAAACAACUGGUACUUUGUUGUUGCUGACAGUUCAAAAGCUGGUUUUACUACCAUUUAUAAAUGGAACGGAAAUGGAUUCUACUCCCAUCAAUCUUUACAUGCGUGGUACAGGGAUACUGAUGUGGAAUAUCUAGAAAUAGCCAGAACACCUCAGACACUCAGAACGCCUCAUUUAAUCCUGUCCAGUAGUUCCCAGCGUCCUGUAAUUUAUCAGUGGAACAAAGCAAUACAAUUAUUUACUAACCAAACUGACAUCCCUAACAUGGAAGAUGUAUAUGCCGUUAAGCACUUCUCAGUGAAAGGUGACGUGUACAUUUGCUUGACAAGAUUCAUUGGUGAUUCCAAAGUAAUGAAAUGGGGAGGCUCCUCAUUUCAGGAUAUUCAGAGGAUGCCAUCGCGAGGAUCCAUGGUGUUCCAGCCUCUUCAGAUAAAUAACUAUCAAUACGCAAUUCUUGGAAGUGAUUAUUCCUUUACUCAAGUGUAUAACUGGGAUGCAGAGAAAGCCAAAUUUGUAAAAUUUCAGGAAUUGAAUGUUCAGGCACCAAGAUCAUUCACGCAUGUGUCCAUUAAUAAGCGUAAUUUUCUUUUUGCUUCCAGUUUUAAGGGAAACACACAGAUUUACAAACAUGUCAUAGUUGACUUAAGCGCAUGACACACGAAAUUCUGUGGCUGCCAUCAGAAACUUUCUGCAGUACACGAUCCGGAUGAACUCAAUGCAUGAUGACUCUUCUUAUCACACUUGCAAAUGAAUGCCUUUCAAACACUGAGGCUGCUAGAACCAAGCACUACCCGUAAUCUCCACCCUUUCCUGUCCAGUCCAGUGGUGUGGGAAGUUACCUUUUAUAAGACAAAAUUGAAUUGUGUAACUGUUCUUUGCAGUGAAGAUGUGUAAAUAAGCGUUUAAUGGUAUCUGUUACUCCAAAAAGAAAUAUGAAUAUGUACUUUUCCAUUUAUUUAUUCAUGUGUUCAGAAACAACUGCCAAAUAAAAUGUUUACAUUUUCUUUCAUA